AUGAAUUAUUAACUUAACGACUGUAGUGCUGCGAGUGCCACCAUGGGUUUGCCCAUAUUAGGUGAAACAGAGCGCCGACUGGCUCUGAGCCUGGCCUUAUCUCGCGAGCGUGGGUUUGCGACAGGUUUGCGGCGGUGUUGCGAAGCGACUUCAGGGCUAUGGACUUCCCUCUAUGCUCACCCUUGUAAAUAUCCACGUACGAUCCACUGCCCAUGGGCCGGCAAUCUCCUAAGUGCACAUCUGAUAGCAACAGCCUGUGCGGGAGCUGGUGAGAUGCUUUGCAGAGCCUCACAAAUAUACGCUGUAGUGGGUACUCUAAUCCCACUCCAUGCCCUGACAGGUUCGCUUUGAAUGAAAAGCAAUCCGGAGAAGCAGAUCGAAAAGGUUCAGCAGGUCGGCCCCAUUGUGGGCAAGAGACUUAUUCAGCUGUCAAUUUUCAUCAAUCAUAUGCACUAAAACUGUCAUGGGAUAGCGAAUCG